AUGAAAGUUCGGAUAGAUGAUCAUCCAUAUGCACGCAUUCAAGACUACUUUGAUCAAGUGGCUGACAAAAUUAAAGCCGUAAAGGAUCGCGGCGGUAAAACUUUGGUCCAUUGUAUGGCCGGUGUAUCACGUUCGGCAUCUCUGGUAAUGAUCUACCUCGUGAAAUAUGAACGAAUGACAUUGCGACAAGCAUAUCAUUACGUGAAAUCUGCGCGACCUGUGAUUCGCCCUAAUGUAGGCUUCUGGAAGCAGAUGGUCGACUAUGAGAAACGGUUCCGAGCUUCAUUUGUGGUAAUCCUUGAAAAAUUUGAUUUUCUCAGUUUGAAGAACAGUCUCAAUGCCUAA